AUGCAUGCCUACCCUCUGUACCAUCCCUUCUACUACCAGCCUCACAUGCGUCGAUUGAGCGGUUCACCUUCCACUUGCGAGCGCAAUCCGCUUGGUCCUCUCGACUUCGCGCCGCCAGCAGUGCCCGGCACCGGCGCCUCUCCUCUGCUCGUGCCGGGCUUGGACAUUUUGAUGGCUCAUCGUGCCACCCUUAGCGAGCUCAACACUCCGGUCAAGCGCCGGUCUGUAGGAGGAGCUGCUGCCGCUGCUGCUGCUGCGCCGGAAGGUCUGGGAGCUGGGCUGCUGCGAUCACGUGGCAGAUUUUCUGUCUCCCCAGGCCUGCCUGGCCUGUCUGGCCUGCUCGGCAUGCCCGUUGGGCUACCACAAAUCUUCUUGUCUCCAGACCAUGCCGCUCUGCAAGCGGCACAUGAGGUCUUUCGAAGGAAUUCUAUUGUACAACCGGUUGUGCCCGAGUAA